AUGGGGCUGUCGCGUCAGGAGGUGAACUUGCGGCGCCUCCUGGCCAAGUGCGAGCUCAUGUGCAAGAGCAAGCAAAAAGACGACGACCGCAUGCCUAAAUACGUCGAAAGUCUUGAAGACAUGUACCAAGAAGUGAAAAAAAUGUCAGAUCCCAACUAUGAGUUCCUGCUGACGUACCAGCGCCGUAUCGCAGCCAUUAAGGCCGACUUGGGGAUCACUACAAGUAAAUACCCCCCUGAAAACGACACCGAAUUGCUCCGGGAGAGCCUCCUAGGCGUGAGGCACCGCAAAGGCCCCGAAACGAGCGACUUAGACCAAGUUUUGAAUUUCCACGAAAACAUGCAACAGAAAAUCACCGACGAUAUGCUCAUCUUGACCAAAAACUUGAAAGAACAGUCGGAACUAGCCAAUAAAAUUAUCAAAAAAGACACCGAAGUUGUGUCGCGAUCGGCGCAACUAACCGACCAAAACUAUUCCAAACUGAGCGCGGAAUCGAACAAAUUGGCCGAGCACUCGAAACGGGCCUGGAAAUGCUGGAUGUGGAUCAUGUUACUUGUGGUUGUGGUUGUUUUUAUUAAUAUGGUGUUAUUUAUGAAAGUGAUGAAGAAAAAAUAAAUUACGUUCUUUGCGUUAGGUUAAACUCGGGUUUGUUUCGAGUGAAAAAGCGAUUAAAGUCGAGCUGGUGCAACAACUGGACCAAGUGUUGGCCAUCGGCUCGUUCAUGUAACUUGUACAGAAUAAACAAAAGCGAAUCGACGAUGGUA